GGUGUUGCAGCGCAGCGGCACUCUGCGGGCUGCUGAUGGAGGAGGAGGAGGCGGGAUGGAGCCGCACUCGGGGCCGUAAAGAACCGCCUGUGUCUGCACCACCGGCAUCAGCAGUGUUUAUAAAGGCGCUUUGUGCAUCGCUAAUCCGCUCUGAUGUCACGGUGCAGAAGGAGGGGCUGAGCUCUCCGCUUUAAUCCCAGCGAGUUGUCAGGAGGGACAAACCGAGCCGAGCCAGGCGAGAGCGCACAGGGAAAGGGGUGAUGUGUACUCCAGCAGCCGGAGCCGGGCCUGUCCUCCACUGACAUGCAGAUAAUAUCCAGAAAAAUCACAGUUUCCCUGGAGACACGAUGAGCAUGUUUUGAAAACUGGAGUCAAAUCACACCCCAGCCAUGAGCCACAAGUAUCAGGGAGAGGUGACGGGUGAAGCAGGCGAGGACCACAAGGCGGCGGCGGUGCCCCAGAGGAGCAGGCAGCCCAACGGGACCUCCGGUGAUCCUCCUGUACGUCGGUCCUGGAGGCCGUGUCAGAUGCUCAACCAGGACGGGGAACUGGAUCCCCAUCAUCACCACCAUCAUCACCAUCAUCACCCUCCUCACCACCACCACCACCAUGGACACGCAGGUCGUGGACCCCCUCGGCACCGCCGGCGGCCUCCGUCAGGUCAGGGCCACAGCCAGGCUCAGAGUCCUGGUGCGGGUCCAGCGGCGGUGGUCCCAUCGAGGCCAGACGGAGGCGAGAGUCCGGAUGCUCAACCUCGUCCCGUCCAGCAGCACCGCCCUGCUGUCACCCGCUACCGUCGCCAUGGUGACCCUAACCCAAGACUUAGAAAUCACCGACAGCAGCAGCCGUUCAGAGAGGUCCAGGACUCUUCACCUGGUGUUGAGGACAGAGAAAGUCCAGCAGAGGUUCAGCAGCGCUCAUCAGCUGAUCCCGUAGUGGAUCGAUCACAGGGGACAGGAUCUCCUCACCAGACUCCUGUUGCUGUUGUUACCCCGACUCCCCUCUCACCUGCUACCGCAACCAACAACGAUCAGCUUCACCCCCAACAUGAUGCUCCUGCUGCAGAAGAAGACCUGCAGGAGCAUAAAGUGGAGCAUGAAGAGGAAGCUGAGGAAGUUAAAGAAGAUGUGGAACAAGAGCAGGUGGUGGAUGAAGCAGAUUGUUCAGCCAUAGAUCCCUCCAGCUGCAACCGUGAUAAAGAAUUGGAAGAAUUUACCGAAAAGGUGGAGGAGGAUCAGCAGGAAGUGAGGGACAACGUGAAGGAGGAUCAGCAGAAAGUGAUAGACAACGUGGAGGAGGAUCAGGAAGAGGUGAGGGACAACGUGGAGGAGGAUCAGGAAGAGGUGAGGGACAACGUGGAGGAGGAUCCUGCAGCUCAGGGAAGUGAAAUCACAGAUCUCUGCUCUGACACUGAGAGCGCCGCCUCGCUCAGCAUGGACGGACCUCUCCACAGCCCACCGCCGCUCCAAUCACCGACUCCUCCUUCCUCCCCAGAUGUUCCACCUUUCCCACAGCUGGAUCACUUCAGCGAGGAGCCCAGCAUGAGCCCCAUACCUGACAACGACCUGCUACCUGAAGAAGAAGAAGAAGAGGAUGAUGAGGAUGAGGACUGCUCUGAAUCUUGCUCGCUGUCCCAUUCUACUUCCUGCUCUGAAUCUUAUCCAAAAACCUAUGCAGACUUUUAUACAGAGUCCCACCAAAAGUCUUACUCAAAGCCGGUUUACGAGUCGUACUCAGAGCCGAAACCACAUCCCAACUCUUUCCCCGAACCCUUGAAGACCUCCUACCCUGAGCUGCACAGAGAACCUCGCAGGCAAUCUGGUCGGAGGUCCGAGGCCCCGCAGGAGCCCCCUACCAGCCAUAGACAGGAGAAUGUACAUAGAGGGGCUCCACACUCCCCCAACAAGGGCUCCCAUCACGCCCCAAGGCAGGGCAGGGACCGCGGGUCGCAUCACUCCCCUCUGGACCGCUCUGUCGGCUGCCGGCUACACCACUACGAUGGCCAGUCGGACGGCGAGGGGAGCAGCGCCGAUCAGAGCCCCGUUCCCAAAAGUCGAAGGCAGACACCGAAGCAAACGGAAACCCAAGCCAGGACCUCGACGUUCGGGCAGAGCAGUUCAGGUGAGGCCCACGAUGAGCGACACGUGGUGGGUUUCUCUGGAGAGGAAGGUCCGAAGGGCUCAGGAGAUGCCAUCAGCCUGGCGAUUAAAGACAUCAAGGAGGCGAUCGAAGGGGUGAAGACGAAGACGGUGCGCUCCCCGUAUACACCGGACCAGCCUGUGGAGCCGAUCUGGGUGAUGAGGCAGGAGGUCAGCCCCACGGAGGAUUCAUACCCUCUGCAAACUCCAACCGGCCAUUCUUCUCCUCACUCCCCCUCCCAGUCAGCUUCCGAGUCUCCGUCCCGCUACGCCUCCCAGCCGGUUCGGGAUCCGGUCAGUCCUCUGAGAGCCGAGUCCUCCAGAGCUGUGAACCACCAACAUUAUCACCAACAGCAGCCCCAAAACAACCACCACCACCAGAGGGAGGUCGCCAGGCCGCCGCAGACGUACGCUCAGCAGCAGCCGUAUCCACACCUGCCGCCGAAUCAGCAUCCGCAGUGUCAACAUCAGCAGCAGCACCAACAGCAGCAGCACCUUCCCCCUCAGCAGCACCAACAGCAGCAGCACCGUCCCCCUCAGCAGCACCAACAGCAGCAGCAUCUUCCUCCUCAGCAGCACCAACAGCAGCACCAACAGCAUCUUCCUCCUCAGCAGCAGCCGCGAACACAAGUUCAGCCACAGUCGCCCCCUCAGAAACCGUCAGUCCAGGAGAUUCGCAGAUCUCUGCCCCCCUUUCCCACAUUUGUUGACGUGCCGGGGCCAUGUGACCCAGAAGACCUGAUCGACGGCAUCAUCUUUGCAGCGACCUACCUGGGCUGCACCCACCUGCUGUCGGAGAGGACGCCCACGAAGAGCGCCCGCAUGCAGCAGGCUCAAGAGGCCAUGAGCCGAGUCCGGGCUGCUCAGAAACAGGCGAAGAACAGGAAAAAGAGCCCCGACGGCGAGGUUCCGUCCACCGCUGAGGUCGAUCUGUUCAUGUCCACGCAGAGGAUCAAAGUCCUGAAUGCCGACACUCAGGAGUCUCUGAUGGACCUGCCGCUGAGGACGAUCUCCUACAUCGCCGACAUCGGGAACAUGGUGGUCCUGAUGGCCCGGGGGAAGAUGGUCCGGUCCCGCAGUGCCCAGGAGAACCUGGACCACACGGCGGAGCAGACCACUAUGAACCACGACGACAGGAGGCUGUACAGGAUGAUCUGCCACGUGUUCAAGUCCGAGGAUGCCCAGCUCAUCGCUCAGUCCAUCGGCCAGUCGUUCAGCGUCGCCUAUCAGGAGUUCCUCCGAGCCAACGGCAUCGACCCCGAGGACCUGAGCCAGAGGGAGUACAGCGACCUGCUCAACACUCAGGACAUGUACAACGACGACCUCAUCCACUUCUCCAAGUCCGAGAACUGCAGAGACGUUUACAUCGAGAAGCAGAAAGGUGAGAUCCUGGGCGUGGUGAUCGUGGAGUCCGGCUGGGGCUCCAUCCUUCCCACCGUCAUCAUCGCCAGCAUGAUGCACGCCGGCCCGGCAGAGAAGUCCGGUCGGCUCAACAUCGGAGAUCAGAUCAUGACCAUAAACGGGACGAGUCUGGUGGGUUUACCGCUGAGCACCUGCCAGAGCAUCAUCAAGGGUCUAAAGUCUCAGUCCAGGAUCAAGAUGAACAUCGUCAGAUGUCCUCCUGUUACCAUGGUGCUGAUCCGCAGGCCGGACCUCCGAUACCAGCUGGGCUUCAGCGUCCAGAACGGCAUCAUCUGCAGCCUGAUGAGAGGAGGCAUCGCUGAGAGAGGAGGCGUUCGCGUCGGCCACCGAAUCAUCGAAAUCAACAGCCAGAGCGUCGUGGCGACUCCUCACGAGAAAAUCGUCCAGAUCCUGUCCAACGCCAUGGGAGAGAUCCACAUGAAGACGAUGCCUGCAGCCAUGUACCGUCUGCUGACAGCGCAGGAGCAACCGGUUUACAUCUAAACACAAACUUUUCUCUCUUUGAACCACACCUGUCCCGUCGUUUUCAGCCCUCCUCCUCCUCGUUUAUAUCACUUGACUUGCCUUAAUCUGUACAGUCGACUGUCCGCCGUGCGACAGCAGAAGGCAGAUUAUCUCACUGUAGGCCGAGUGUUCAUGUGAUGUUUUCUGUUCGACCAAAGAGAAGAAUUUAGUGGAUUUUAUUGUGUAUAUUUAGGUGGAAAAAUAUUAGCUUUUGAUUAAAAAAUAAAUAACUGUAAUUUCUGAAUGUACUCUAAUCAUGUUGGACCUAUAAAUUAUCAGGGUGAUGGAGAAGUUAAAGGGGAAUGCAUGUACAAAUUCUGCUGAAUAAACUCUAAGAAACAAAAGACA